CCAGGGGCGUGCGCCUGAUGAAACCGUCUAAGAAUAGUUAACAACUAAAUAUCGAAGCAUCUAAUAAGCAAACAAUCAAACAAAACAAAUGGACAUGUUUCUUUAAGAUGACGUCCUCUCGUCUAGGAGCCCAUGAGAAGAGCGCUUCCGUGAUUGGCUGGGGCACGCUGACGGUAGCUGCGUGUGUUUGCAGGCCUACACUCAGCGACUACAGCACUUGGAGAAGAGCAAUGAAUUCUUUAGAACAAGCCGAAGACCUGAAGGCUUUUGAGAGGAGGCUGACAGAGUAUGUGUCUUGUUUGCAGCCGGCUACAGGUCGUUGGCGCAUGAUUCUGAUCGUGGUGUCUGUGUGUACAGCCACAGGGGCCUGGAACUGGCUGAUAGAUCCAGACACUCAGAAAGUUUCUUUCUUCUCAUCUUUAUGGAAUCAUCCAUUUUUCACAAUCAGCUGUGUGACUCUGAUUGGCCUUUUCUUUGCUGGAAUACACAAACGAGUUGUUGCACCAUCUAUUAUUGCAGCACGCUGCCGGACAGUACUAGCAGAAUAUAACAUGUCCUGUGAUGAUACGGGGAAACUUAUCCUGAAACCACGGCCUCAUAUCCAAUAGCACUUUGAAGAGACAGAAGUGGAGAGUAUUUCAUAUCAUCAUAUUAUUCAUCAAGAUUGCACAUAGGCCUCAAUGCUGGGAGAUUAUCCAAAGGGUGUGAAGGUCGACCUCCCAAAUAGGACUCUAACUUCCCUCUGCAAUUCAUGAAGCAAUGGGAGCUCAAACGAAAAUGCCCAUUUUGAAGAAAAACAUUGUUUCUUCUAUUUUUAAAAUAGCAUCCUUUUAUUUCUGUUGGAAAAUUUGAGUUUUAUUUUGGAUUUUGAUAUCCUCAUUUGUAAAGCUGCUGUCAUAUUUUAGAUGCAUACGGUGUAUGUAUUUUUAAGUAAAUUGCUGAACACAUAAUAAAUAUUAAAGUGUAGAUAUUUGUUCACCUUAAGCUGAUCUUUAUAUGUAGGCAACAUUUGUAGAAUGUCUAUGUCUAUGACAUGGUGCGCUGCUUUUUGUUGUUUUUAAAAAGAACUUUUAUGCGACCAAAGUCUGCACUAGAUGUUAAACAUACAAGGGAAACAGGUUAAUACAUCUUUAAUGAAUGUCCUGUUUGGCUGAGAUUUUAUUUACUUUCACUCCAGAGUCAAAGUCUACAAGAAAAUCUUUGAAUGAGCUGUGUUGGCAAUAAUAAAAGUUGUUUGUUGUACAGUG